AUGACUUCAAGAAAACACAAAACUCUCGAAGAAACCACGAAAAUGGCGAUGCAGACGCCAAAUUCCUCUGUCAAAUCGUCGCUCACAGUGGACACCAAUCCAUCAGAAACGAGAGACAUUUUCUAUUUCCCAGGCUGCAAGAAAGAUGCCAACUGCAAGUGCGAAAUCUGCAUCGCCAGCAUAAACGCGACGCUCGAUUUGAUGCCGCAGAGCACCAACCGAAGCUCCUUCACAAAAUCCUAUGCCCCACGAUCCUUCAUUUCAAGAAGCCCUGUUUCUUUCAACUCUUCCUCAGCUGAUCUUUCCACACCUAAAUCAAGUGCUCGGACGAUGACGGGUGUGCCGGCCUCUCCAACUCCGGGUUUGACAGAAAGAAUUUGUCGUCAGAAGAGAAGAAAUGAUGAUUUGAAAUAUGGGGUGUUUUUGUUGAGAACAUUUUGGUGUUUGAUCCUUGUUUUCGGCGUGGAGUAUGGGGCUUCUUGGAUGGUCUCUGGGGUUGCAAAGGCUAGGUUAUCUCCGGAAUUUGUCAAGAAUUUGGGUUCGAAAUCGAGGGAUUUCGAGAGUUUGAGUGGAAGGCUUGAGUUCUUGAAGAAUGAGUUGGAGAGGUUGGUCGGUGGAGAUGUCUUGGGCUGCAGCUCUGUUGAUCAUUCCUUGUGGAAAAUCAAUCAGGAUGGGCUGCUGCUUACCUCGCGAUGCGUACUCUAUGAAUCGAUGAUCGAGGAGGUAAGCAUUUGGGGAUGGCCACUGCAGACUGCUGGAUUGCUUGCAGCUGAGUAUUCUGCAAGAUCUUUCACAGUUAUAACAGGAAGAGUUAGAGAGUGGUCAAAUGGGGAUGCUAAGUAUCUAGUUCGGGAGGCCGGUAACAGUUCAUGGACACAAGAAAAAUGGAGUACCUCAGUGGUGCAGCUUGAGUCGAACACAUGGAUCCUCGAGUACAGAAGGAGCUUCAUCGGGCACAACCCGAAGUUGGUUUCAGCUGCGAUAGAGUUCUUAAGAUUCAAGCUCACAAUCCAGUUUAAGAAGAUGGAGAGAGAGUUCUGGUUGGCACCUGCAUUUGGAGGCCAAAAUUCUGAUGAUGAUAGACUAGGGCACAUCGUGCCUCCUACAUGAGAGAGUUAGUCAUGGAAGAUCAUCUCUUCUCAAUCCUCAUGAGAGAAGCUCUUCAUGUUUUGUUGAUGCUGCUAUUUCUUGAACAAGGGCACAUAUAUAUGUAGUGGUAGUAAUUUGUAGACACAAAUUUUUGCAAUAAUAUAUUUAUAUUCACUUUUUAUGGAAUAA